AGGAAAUAACAAGUUAGUAACUUUACCAGAAGGUCUGUUUUCUAGCAACACAAAACUUGAAAAUUUAUAUAUACAUUCCAACAACUUAGUAAGUUUACCAAAAGAUCUGUUUUCGUCGAACUCGAAUCUGAAUACAUUAUAUUUAAAGCAGAACAAGUUAGUAACUUUACCAGAAGGUCUGUUUUCUAACAACACAAAACUUGAAUCAUUAGAUUUAGAAAAUAACAUGUUAGAAAUUUUACCAAAAGAUCUGUUUUUGUCGAACACGAAUCUUAAUACAUUACAUUUAGGAAAUAACAAGUUAGUAACUUUACCAGAAGGUCUGUUUUCUAGCAACACAAAACUUGAAAAAUUAUAUAUACAUUCCAACAACUUAGUAAGUUUACCAAAAGAUCUGUUUUCGUCGAACUCGAAUCUGAAUACAUUGUAUUUACGGGAUAACAAGUUAGUAACUUUACCAGAAGGUCUGUUUUCUAACAACACAAAACUUAAAACAUUAAGUUUAGAGGAUAACAAGUUAGUAACUUUACCAGAAGGUCUAUUUUCUAACAACACAAAUCGUGAAUAUUUGCGAUUGUAUAUGAAGGGAAACCAAUUCAUAUGCUGCCUCAUGAAUGAUUUUAAAGAAUGGGCAUCAAAUCAAACAAAGCUGGAUUACGAAGGAACGUGUACUGGUUUAAAUACCACCAUAGAUAUUCACAAUUUUAACAUGACAGACUGCAUAAUUCCAGGAUGGAGCCUUUGGUUCAACUCCUCAUGUUCUGUUACUUGUGGAGAUGGUGUCAUAAUGAAAACCAGAACAUGUGACAAUCCCCCACCGUCUGACGAUGGACUGAAAUGUGUUGGUUCCAGAACUGAAACUUCACUUUGCAACUUAGGAAAAUGUCGAGAAUCAUGCCGUCACUCAAAGAAAGGAUCCAACAACAAAUCAGUAGACAAUUUGGACAAUAAAUCAGGAAAAAAACUGCGUAAUAUGAAGCCAUGAACCAAAAAAGAAGGGACAAGUUUGAUUGGAAGAAAUGAAAACAAAGUGGAUCGAUUUCAUUCCUAUAUAAAACUGAGGGACAAUUCUAACAUGGUUUGAAUCAUUGUGGGAAAAGUCAUUCUUUGCUUUCAUUUGGAAUUUUAAAUUUCGAUAUCAUAGAUACAAUCUGUGUGGUUUACUUUCUCUUGAGUGCAAACUUACUAAGUCUUACUUGUAUGUUGUAAUCUUGAAUUCAGUUAUUAGGUUAGAUGAGUUUUAUUUGACCACCUAUUAUAGCAUUGCAUCUGUUUAUUAAUGAUAUGUAUGAAAUUAAAUUUGUAGAAGUGUGUGAGAAUAAACGUUUUGUUGUAUCGUUUGAUGAUUUUUUGUGGGAUAUACAUUAGCUACAUGUUACAUUUUUUUGGUGAUAUUUUGUGGGAAUAUUCAUUGGUACUUUCAACUUGUAUUUGAAUAAUUUAUAUAUGUGAUUUUUUUCUCAAUAAAUGCGGGUAUAAAUUUAA